AUGGACGAGAGUAAGUUUGUGGUUGUGAAGAAACGGUACCUUGACUUCGUAAGAGACGCACAGAUAGACGAUAGUUUCACGGGUGAAAAUAGCAGCUUUACAUGCGCGUCUCCACGUCGCUCCCACUCUCUAAACGCCAUGUACGCGGACAUCGAGAACAAUAACAGGUCGUGUGUCUUGAACUUGAAUGGGAGUUAUGUUCACAAGGCUCCAGAGGACAAUGCGCAGAGUGAAACCUUAUCGGACUGCGUGGAUGCGACUACGGUUCGCGUCCUAAACAUCCCCCAGCAUCAGGCGAUCCGGGGAGGCAAAGCCGGAGCCGUGUUUGCUGUGGUCGCUGUUAAAUCUCCACCGAGGACCAUUGCAGCCUGCAAGGAUGAGCUGCAUCACAAAACAACAGACGAGCCUAUGGUGCUUACCACGACCUCUACAACGAACCCCAGUGCUUAUCUUCCAGACCAUAAACGUAGUGAAGGUAUGCAUGGAUGGGCCAACAGACAGGCUGAUGAUUUAGUACAAGCCCCAGUGCCCCCAGUGAGGCCCCCUGCUCCAAGCAAGAAUUCAAAACAAGGAGAAGAGACAAAGAUGGACAACCCCUGGUGUUUGUCUUAUGGCCGGCUGUUGUUUCUGCUGCUGACCACCUGUACCUGUCCCGGAGCGAGCCCGCACGGCGCGGCCUUCUACAACCUGAGCGACGCGACGCAGCAUCCGCACGGGAAUAUCUUUUCUCCACUGAUCAAAGCUCUCUCACAGUACGAAGGCGCCAGCUGGAACCCAGAGUGGAGGAAGAGGAUCAAACCAGAGCACAAAUACAUCAAGUAUUUGACAAAAGUGUACAAACAGUCCUCCAGAGUGCAAAGAAGUGUGAAGGGAAGUGACGCGUACAACACCGUGCGGCUGAUCAAACCCCUGGAGGAGUCCUUUGUGCAAAAUGAUGAAGUCUUCCCCACCACGCGGGGGCGGUACGUCCUCAAAUCCAGUGAAGACAAGGACACAGGCGCUAGCAUUAGCUGCGGCACGAAAAUGGGACGCCACUUUGGAGACUUGGCAAAGAUCAGACAUGUGAUCACAUACUCAAUCUCUCCCUUUGAGCAGAGGGCUUUCCCAAACUACUUUUCUAAAGGAAUUCCCAACGUGUGGAGACGGGUUACUUCUUCCUUUUUCAAAGUUGCCCCUCCAAUGAUCUUGAUGUAUACGUGCUACACAUGGGGCAAUAACGUGCACCAGCAGGGGAAGAGGAAGAAUCCCAGCGACUUCGAAAAAGAUGAAUAA